AUGGUAGGCUUCCGAGAGCCUACCCGCACAUGGGCUGGUAAUCAAACAUCCCUCCACCUCCCCAUUAACAAAUGGGAGUCAGAGGUCUCAGCAUCUCUUGGGAGGAGGAGGCAGCGGGCAGGGCUGGACCUGAGUCCCCUCCACUUUGCUGUGUCCUCUCCUCCUGGCCGGCAGCGGUGGCAGUGUGCUCCACAGGUGGGAGAGGCAGUGGGCAGGGCUGGACUGGAGUCCCCUUUACUUGGCUGGGACCUCACCUUGCAGCUGGCAGCGGUGGUAAUUUGCUCCCUGGGCAGGAGAGGCAGCAGUUUCUUUUUCUUUUUUUUUUUUUGUCUUUUUCUUUUUUAUUGGUACCAGGGAUCGAAUUCACGACUGCCUGCUUGCAAGGCAGGCGUUUAUGCCACUGAGCUAAGUCCCCAUCCCCUUAUCUUCACUUUCAUUGAGGCAGUUUUUACAGCUUUCAAUGGAGUUUUUUAUUUUCUGUAUAUCUCUGUUGUGGAGUUCACAAUAGGAAAUUUAGGAAAUGUAUUUAUAAUCCUGGUGAACUGCAUGGACCUGAUCAACAGAAGAAAGAUCUCUUUAGCUGAUCAGCUGCUCACUGCUUUGGCAAUCUCCAGGAUUGUUCUGCUCUGGAUAUUAUUCACAAGUUGGUGGUUGCACUUGUUUUCCCCAGGUUUCUACAUGAAUUUUGUCCGUUUAAGACUAUCUUAUGCUAUUUGGUCUAUGACUUUUCAUUUUAAUGCCUGGCUUGCCACAUGCCUCAGCAUCUUUUAUUGUCUCAAGAUAGCAAAUUUUUCCAACUCUAUGUUUCUUUAUUUUAAGUGGAGAGUUAAAAAGGUGGUUUUAGUGACACUUCUGGUGUCUCUAGUUCUCUUAUUUUUACACCUGUUGCAGUUAAAUGCACAUCUAACUGUCUUGAUUGAUAAGCAUAUAAGAAGCAUGUCUUACAACUCCAGUUUACAGGACUUUCCUGAGUUUUCAAAACUUCGCUUAUUCAGCAGCACUAUGUUCACAUUCAUAGCCUUUGCUCUGUCCAUGACCACAUUCUUCCUGCUCAUCUUCUCCCUGUGGAAACAUCUGAAUAGGAUGCAGUGCUAUGUCAGAGGGUCCAGAGAUGCAAGCACCACAGCGCACAUAAAGGCCUUGCAAGCUGCGGUUGCCUUUCUCCUCCUGUACACAAUUUUCUUUCUGUCUCUUUUGAUACAAUUUUGGAGACCUAAGUUUCUUCCUUUACUCUUUUAUCACACUGUUGAAAUUGCUUUUCCUUCCAUCCACUCCUUUGUCCUGAUUCUGGGAAACAGUAAGCUAAAACAGACCGCUUUUCUAUUGUUGAAAAGUCUGAAGUGUCGAUCCAAAGACGCGGAAUCUUUGGGUUCAUAG